AUGGUAAACACCGGGGGCAGGGGGGGGGGGGUUUACGUCCUAUUUCUUAAGGCGACAGUCUCCCCAUUUUUGUGGAGGGGGUAAACACCAGGGCUUUUUUCUUCUUUUUAUUUCUUUUCAUGCCCCACCUUCCUCCUGCGGUGCGUGCUGAAUUUUUAUUUUAUCGCGAGAAGGGUCCAGCCGUCCCUUUCCCUCGUCAACCGUGCUAACGUCGAAGUUUGGUACUCACGAGCGCUUUUCAGCUAUAUUUCGCUUUCACCCG